AUGUCCAAUCAGACUACUGCCACUUCGGCAGAUCUUCGCACUUCUCUUUCAUCGGAAAUAGCCAGCACGAAGCUCCAAGCUCCAAGCCCCGACACAGUUGCGCAUUCCACGGAACCAUACGCCGACUUGCGCGCUGCCCUUGUAGCAGCUCGCGAUUUUCUCUCUGGCAAUGUUUGCCUUCAUGCAAACCUCGCCGUCUUUCUCAUCGAGGCCUCAAGCUCAACCCUUGAGAAUGUAACCUCAGCAGCUAAAAACAACAAUGAUGCCCUAUCUCAUAUUGCUGCUGCUAUUGCCAUGCUGCCGGACCCACGAGGGCAAACGAUCGUGUAG